CGCUUUCUCUGGCAGGAAUGUUAGUUCCUGCUCUUCCCUGGCCGUUUCCUGUAAUCGUACAGUGUUGUGAGACGGAGAAAGCCAUGUGUGUCGAUGCAAAGCUGUUCAUUUAAAAUCAAGAAAAGGACGACGAUAAGCUUCCAUCUCGGAGUCUUUUAAACAUUGUGCCCGUCUCCCUGUGUGGAGUGGGCAAGAUGGCAGAUCCCAUCAUGGACCUUUUUGAGGACACUCCUCUGUUUAACCUGGAUGCCCUGCCAGAUGACUCCUUCUCUCAAGUCUCUUCAGACCCUGUGGAGGAGGCUCUUAAGCUGGCGUUGGGCCAAGUGGACCCACCGACUGAGCCGGAGUCCACUCCUGAACUCAUGGUCAAUGCUGGCCCCAGUGUUCCUGUAGCAGCCCCCUCUAUCUCAGACCCUACCCCUGUUCAAGUACCUAUACAGCAGUCGGUGCCCGUGGCAACUGCACAGACUGUUUCUAUAGCUGCAGCUCCCAUUAUGAACCCUGCCCCUGCUGAUACUGUACCUCAAAUCCAGGCCCAGACCAACAUACCCAUUGCCAGCAACACCACUGCGGUGUCCAGCAGCACCAUCCUGCUUAGCUCACCUCUGACUGUUUCCUCCUCCCCAGCCACCACUACUGCCACAACAACGCAGCUCACACAGAUAACUCACCAGCUUACUCCCCAGCAGUUAGCUGCCAUUGCACAGCAGGCUGGUGGUAAAAUUGUUAUUCUCAAAGGGCCGCAGGGUCAAGCCCAGGUGCUGCAGACUGUAUCCGGAGCCACAACCCAGACGAGUGGAAAGGUGAUCCGUGUGUUGUCUGGUGGUCCUCUCAAACCUGGCAUGUCCAUAUUGCAGGGGGGCACUGUCUUGAAUCAGGCAAGUCCAGGACAAGCUCAAGUAAAGGGUGGAGGGGUACAGAGAUUGCUACAAUCUCCCAAUGGUCCAGUGAAACAGUUGUUGCUUACUUCCAUGCCACAGCAGACGCAAGGCCAGAUUCAGGUGCAGAUUCCAGCCCAAGCACAGAUGGUUCAAGGCCAGACUCAAGUCCAAGUUCAGCCGCAGGCCCAGGCCACACAAAUCCAGGUACAGGCCCAGGGCCAAGCUGCACAGAUCCAAGGCCAGACAACUCAAAUCCAGGUCCAGGCUCAGACCCAGGUGCAGCUCCAGCCAGCCAUGCAGGCCCAUGGUGCUGAAGGAAAACGGAUAACCCUGGUUCUCCAGCAGCCCUCUCAGACUGGCUCUGCUGCCUCAGUGGGUCAGGCUGUUUCAGCCCAGCAUCAGGUCACAGGAGGUCAACAGCAGCAGCCCCAGACACCGACUAGACUGGUGUUGGGUCAGCUCCCUGGAGGCAAACUGGUGCUCCAGGGAAGCCAGCUGGCUGCACUGACCCAGGCUCGGGCUGCAGGUCAGGCCGGAGGGCAACCCAAAGUCCUCACAAUUCAGCUACAGGUGCAGCAGCAGCCCAACCAACAAGGAGGCGUCAAGUACCAGCUGAUUUCAGGGGCAGGAAAUGCUGGUAACCCACAGGUGUUGCAGAUCUCACAGGGCCAAGGAGGGCAACGAGUUGCAGUGCCACUCAAAAUGCUUCUUCAGCCACAGACAAGCGUGGCAUCUUCAGCCGGUGGCACGGUCUCUGUGGUGAAGGUAAUCAACACAUCUGCAGCAGGCCCCUCCACCACCACCACCACUUCGUCCCAGGCCAUCCGCAUCACCAAGGCCCCAGGCGAGCCUGCCUCAGUUCGACGAGUAGAAAUCUUGUGCAAGCAGGAGAAGGCGAACCGUAUUGUGGCUGAGGCUAUAGCCCGGGCCAAGGCACGUGGUGAGAAGAACCUGCCCAGAGUCCUGAAUCAGGAUGAGCUUCCAUCAACCCAGACCUCUCCCGAGAUAGGGGGUACCAUAACUGUGGUGUCUGCUCCUAAGAAAAAGAACAGUGGCGGAAGCAAAAAGAAAAGUCCUGUUGCUGGUGGAGCAACACCCAAACCUGUAGGCGGAGCUGAUAAAAAGAGCAAAGUGAAGACACCGGGAGGAACACCUGGAGUGGCUGGAGGAACAGUAACACCUGGGACAGGAAGCAAGAGCAAAAGCAAAACUAAGACAAACACUAUUACUCUAGUGGGAGCAAAGAAAAGGAAGAGAAAUGCUUCCUCAGACCAUUCUGAUGGGGAGUUGAGUCCAGCCUCACCUGCUACACUGGAAGAUGACAUGAUUAUGAAGAGGCGCUCCAAUCGUGUGGUGAAGAGGAAGAAGUACACAGAGGACCUGGAUAUCAAGAUAACAGAUGAUGAGGAUGAGCAGGAAGAUGUAGAUGUUACUACGACUGCAGCAGCUGUCGCCUCCAUCAGUGGCAGCACAGCAGCACAGCUUAAACAGGAAAUGGAGCUGGACGGUGAUGGGCAGCCCACCAUGCAGUUCUUUGUGGAAAAUCCAAGUGAAGAAGAUGCUGCGAUUGUGGACAAAGUUCUUUCCAUGAGGUUAACCAAAAAAGAAGUGUGCCCAGGCCAGUACACCACUGUUGAAGAAUUCUUUGUGAAAUACAAGAACUAUUCAUAUUUACACUGUGAAUGGGCCAGCUUGCAACAGUUGGAGAAGGAUAAGAGGAUCCACCAGAAGAUCAAGAGAUUCAAGACUAAACACGCACAAAUGAGACACAUCUUCCAAGAGGAGGAGGAGCCUUUUAAUCCUGACUAUGUUGAAGCAGACAGGAUCCUAGACGUGUCCCAUAGUGUGGACAAGGACAACGGAGAGCCUGUUAUCUACUAUUUGGUGAAGUGGUGCUCCCUGCCUUAUGAAGAUGCCACUUGGGAGCUGAAGGAGGAUGUAGACGAGGGCAAGGUUGAGGAGUUCGGCAAAAUCCAAAACCGACAACCUCGUCUGAAGAAAAUGGCUCGGCCUCCUGCAAGUUCGUGGAAGAAACUGGAAGAGACCAGAGAGUACAAGAAUGGGAACAUACUCAGAGAGUACCAACUGGAAGGAGUCAACUGGCUGCUCUUCAACUGGUACAACAGGCAGAAUUGUAUCCUGGCAGACGAGAUGGGUCUGGGCAAGACUAUCCAGUCCAUUGCACUGCUGUCUGAGGUGUAUAAUGCUGGAAUCCAAGGCCCCUUCCUUGUUAUUGCUCCACUCUCCACCAUCACUAACUGGGAGAGAGAGUUCUCCACAUGGACCAACAUGAACGCCAUCGUCUACCAUGGGAGCUUGGCCAGCCGUCAGAUGAUCCAGCAGUAUGAGAUGUACAGCAAGGACGACAAGGAUCAUUUGAUUCCUGGUGCAUAUAAGUUUGAUGCCCUCAUCACAACCUUUGAGAUGGUGUUGUCCGACUGUCCUGAGCUGAGGGAAAUCUCGUGGCGUUGUGUCAUCAUUGAUGAGGCUCAUCGCCUCAAGAAUCGCAACUGCAAGCUUUUGGACAGCUUGAAGAUGAUGGAUCAGGAACACAAAGUGUUAUUGACCGGCACUCCUCUUCAGAACACUGUGGAGGAACUCUUCAGUUUACUCCAUUUCCUGGAGCCAGCUCAGUUCCCCUCUGAGACUGAGUUCCUCAGAGACUUUGGAGACCUGAAAACAGAAGAACAGGUUCAGAAGCUACAGGCCAUCUUGAAACCUAUGAUGUUAAGGAGGCUAAAGGAGGAUGUUGAGAAGAACUUAGCACCCAAACAGGAGACCAUCAUUGAGGUUGAGUUGACUGAUGUCCAGAAGAAGUAUUAUCGAGCCAUCUUGGAACGAAACUUCAGUUUCCUCAGUUUAGGGGCAAACAGUAACAGCAAUGUCCCUAACCUGCUCAACACUAUGAUGGAGCUACGCAAGUGCUGCAACCACCCCUACCUCAUCAAUGGUGCAGAGGAGAAGAUAGUAGCCGAGCUGCGGCAGGUUUACGACCCCAUGGCUCCGGACUUCCAUUUGCAGGCCCUGAUUCGCUCAGCAGGCAAGCUGGUGCUGCUGGACAAGCUGCUGCCUCGCCUAAAGGCUGGUGGCCACAAAGUGCUGAUCUUCUCUCAGAUGGUGCGCUGCUUAGACAUUUUGGAGGACUACCUCAUCAACAAAAGAUACCUUUAUGAGCGUAUUGAUGGCAGAGUGCGUGGAAACCUGCGCCAGGCUGCCAUCGAUCGCUUUAGUAAACCUGACUCAGACCGCUUCGUCUUCCUGCUGUGUACCCGAGCUGGCGGUUUGGGUAUUAACCUCACUGCUGCUGACACCUGUGUUAUAUUUGACUCUGACUGGAACCCUCAAAAUGACCUGCAGGCCCAAGCAAGGUGUCAUCGUAUCGGUCAAUCGAAGGCAGUUAAAGUCUACCGCCUGAUUACAAGGAACUCCUAUGAGAGGGAGAUGCUGGAUAAAGCAAGUCUGAAGCUUGGGCUGGACCGUGCCGUCCUGCAGAGCAUGAGUGGCAACAAGGAGAGUAACGUCAAUGGGAUCCAGCAGUUCUCUAAGAAGGAGAUAGAGGACCUCCUGAGAAAAGGAGCGUAUGCUGCCAUCAUGGAUGAGAAUGAUGAGGGCAGUCGCUUUUGUGAGGAGGAUAUUGAUCAGAUCCUUCAGCGAAGAGCCACCACCAUUACCAUUGAGAGUGAGGGCAAGGGCUCCACCUUCUCCAAGGCCAGCUUUGUCGCCUCCGAAAACCGCAAUGACAUCGCCCUGGACGACCCUGAAUUCUGGGAGAAGUGGGCAAAGAAGGCCGACAUAGAUAUGGACACCAUCAACCGCAAGAACACCCUUGUGAUAGACACUCCCAGAGUACGCAAGCAGACUCGACAAUUUUCCAGUUUACGAGGCGAGGGUGGAGACCUGUCUGAUUUGGACAGUGAUGAUGAGUAUCCACCUGCCAAUUCCAGACAGUCUCGUUCUUCCCGACGCGCUGACCGCCACAGUGGAGGAGGAUACGGCCGCACGGACUGUUUCCGGGUCGAGAAACACCUUCUUGUCUAUGGUUGGGGACGUUGGAGAGACAUCCUGUCACAUGCUAGAUGUAAGCGACGUUUGAGUGAGCGGGAUGUUGAGACGAUCUGCCGUGUCAUCCUGGUCUUUUGUCUGCUUCACUACCGUGGAGAUGAGAACAUCAAGAGCUUCAUCUGGGAGCUCAUCACUCCGCCGGAGAACGGGUGUGGACCAACAACUCUACUCAACCACUCUGGACUGUCUAUCCCUGUUCCAAGAGGCAGAAAGGGUAAAAGGGUAAAGGCCCAGAGCACAUUUGAUGUUCAGAAAGUGGAGUGGAUCCGAAAGUACAACCCUGACACUCUUUUGUUGGAUGAGAGCUACCGCAAACAUCUCAAGCACCAGUGCAACAAGGUAUUGCUCAGGGUGCGUAUGCUCUACUACCUGAAGCAGGAAGUGAUUGGCGAACAUGCAGACGCCGUUCUGAAAGGAGCUGUCAUAAGGGAGCUUGAUAUCUGGAUGCCUGAGAUGGAGCAACAGGAAGUGCCAGCAGGAUGGUGGGAUUCUGAGGCAGACCGCUCACUGCUCUCUGGUGUAUUCAAACAUGGUUAUGAAAUGUACACCACCAUGCGUGCUGAUCCCUGCCUCUGCUUCCUGGAGAGAGCUGGUCGACCUGAUGACAAGGCCAUUGAUGCUGAGCAGCACACUGGUGACACUGAGAUGGGGGAAGAUGCUGACUAUGAUAAAUACUCAGAGGACCCAGAGUUCAAACCGGCCUCAAGGCACAAAGAUCUUUUCGAGGAGAAUGACUCGAUGAACGUGGAUGAUGAGAUUUCUGUUGAGGAAAGGUCGGGGCCAUUGGUCACAGAAAACUUACUGAGCCUGAGUGGUGCGAGCAACUGGCCCUCAAGCUCAUCACUCACAGCAAGGUUACGUCGGCUUAUCACGGCUUUCCAACGCAGCUACAGACAGGAGCAGCUGAAGAUUGAAGCUGAGGCAAAGGGUGACCGCAGGCGCAGGCGGUGUGAACAAGCUAGUAAACUGAAGGAGAUUGCACGGCAGGAGCGCCAGCAGAGAUGGACACGUAGAGAGGAGUGUGACUUCUACCGUGUGGUAUCGACCUUUGGUGUGGUGAAGUUGAAAAAGGAACCAGAUUUCCCUGAGGCCGGAGACCUUGAAUUUGACUGGACUCGCUUUCGUACCUUUGCUCGCCUGGAUAAAAAAACUGACGAGAGUCUCAGCCGAUACUUCCGCUCUUUUGUUGCCAUGUGUCGGAGGGUUUGCCACCUCCCCCCAGGCAGAGAAGAUCCUGCAGAGAAUUCCCAGACUGUGGCCCCCAUCACUGAGGAGCGUGCUUCCCGUACCCUUUACCGUAUUAGCCUUUUGCGUCGCCUGCGUGAGCGAGUCCUGCCCCACCCCUCCCUGGAGGAGCGUCUAACCCUGGCCCUGCCGAACUCCGAGCUGCCCAGUUGGUGGAAUAUACCAGACCACGAUCGUCAGCUGAUGCUUGGUGCUAAUCUGCAUGGUGUCAGCCGCACUGAGCUUUCCAUAUUAGCAGACCCACAGUUCACCUUCAAUCAGGCUAGGGAAGAGUUCAUCCAGAACCAGCAGGCCCCUCCACCGCAACCACUUCCCAUCAUGCCCCUCAUCCAGCCCAAGACUGAAGAUGACCUGCCAGAUGUAAAGGAGGAGGUAGCUGAUGAUGAGGCCCGGUUGCUAGGUGCUGAACUCUUGGCUGACCUGCAGAGCACACCUUUAAGUCACCAUGAUGGAAAAGUACAUGGCCAGGGCUGGAACUUCAAAAAGAGCAGGGGGAGGGGAGGAAGAACGGAAGGAGGAACAAAGGGAGAGGGAGGAUCUGAUUCAGAUUCAGAUUCUGAUUCAGGCUCCUCAUCAUCAGAGCAAUCAGGGAGCAGCGACGAAAGCGGGGAGAGUGAGGAAGAGGGAGAAAAGGCAGCCAAGGUGUGUGAUAUGGAUGAAGAUAAUAGUUUACUCUCCAUUACUCCGUCUCAGGAUGGUAUUCCACCUCCUGAUCCUAUCAGAGUUGACUGGCCCAAGGACCGUGUAUUGAUCAACAGACUGGACACCUUGUGUACACUGGUGCUGACUGGUCAGUGGCCCUCAGGGCGGCGGUAUGUGCCUGAGGCUCAGCUCAACCCGAGCUCAGACCUGAUGGGAGAUGAGAUGGCCUUCACAAGGCUGAUCCGUAAACCCAGCAGCAUGACUGCUGGCCCAGGGGCAGAAGGAGAAGAUGGAGAGUUCACAGUCAAACUCCUUAAGGAGGAGGGGCUGAAGCUGACGUUCUCUAAGCAGGCUCUGAUGCCCAAUGGGUCAGGAGAGAGCAGCAACCGCAAAAAACGCAAGGACCAAGAGCUGUCAGACACAGAGGGUCUCCUUGAUCCACUAGAGCGCACUCCUCGACGGAGGGACCCCCCAACAUGGCUGAAAGAGAACCCAGAUUAUGAGGUGGAGGGAGACAUGCUGGAGCUUCUUGUAAACAGGAGCAAAAGGAAGAGGAGGAGGAGGGCAAAUAAAGUUCUAACUGGUAGCGAGAAGGUUAAAGUCAUCAACAUGAGGACAGGGAAGAAGGUCGGCGCUGCUUUCUGUCCAAUGCUGCAAGAUCUGAGGGAGUAUCUCGAGGAGAAUCCUGAUAACGCCGUAGCGCCCGAUUGGUCUGACACAGUUCGCAGCUCUGGUUUUCUGCCGGAGACCCACUUCCACCGACUGCUGACUGAGCACUCGGACAUCCCUAAGAAAAGCAGACGCCGCCAUCAUCAUCACCAUCACCACCACCAUCAUCAUCAUCACCACACUCCAGAGCCUGUUCCUGAAGACCCCAACCUGGACGGAGUUGAAGAGGAGACUCUGGUCUCAGAUGGAGCCUACAUGAUGGAUGAGGAGGACCUGGAGACCUCUCAUCACUUUCUCACCAGUCCAGACUUUGAUGUUAAAAUGAUGGGUGGUGACAGCAUUUCCCAUGGUGACUAUGACAGCUCGGAUCAAGAAGCAUUAUUGGACGAUGUCAUCAUAGCACAGAAGGACUCUGACUCCUCAUCAAGUUCAGAGGAUUGACUGAACCCCACUCUUUAAACUCAUCUGACUUAGUCCCUUCACAACAUUGAAUCAUGUUAUUUCUCAUUUAUUUUUUUACCACAUUAUGUUUAUUUGUUGGUUGCUACUUUUAUUCAUUUAUUUUAUAUAGGACUGUUUUUUCAUGAACGAUGCAGGUUUGCACCCAAUUCAUUUUCUUUUUUUAAUCACUGAGAAUUGUGUUGUCUAUUUCAAUCGACCCUCCAGCAAAAUGGCAAAAAAGCUGAGCUAUCUUUUCUCACGACUUGAUAUUCUCCUAUUCCUCGAAAACCUGUGAAUUACCAUCACAUUCCCAGCCGUGACCAAAAGGGGACAUCUACUGUACAGAAAACCCUUUUAUUAGCUAAGAACCUCAAUGCUGGUCCUCCAGCGCUACAUGAAACUGGACUUGUGUACUGAGCAGAGCCUGGAUCCAGACUCCAUCAUCCCCCCCCACCUCAUGGUCACAUCCUCUGCAUCCAGGCGAGUCUGAACUGAAAGGGGAUCCAGUGUGUGGAUGUACUGUUAUCGUUUUCCCUCUGUGGGUGGGGUGGGGUGGGGUGGGGGUUGAGCUGGGGGUAGGGGAGGGCGGGUUGGCGUAUUAGUUACUGAAUCAGUGCUAGGAGGAUGGGUGUAAUGUACAAUGUAGAGCUGGUCAGUUAUGUACAAUGGUGCAGAUAAGACCACAAUGAGUUACUAUUGUUUUAUGAUCUGACUGUAUCUGUGAUAUGAAUAACAGCAAUCUAAAGUGAAAAGUUUGUGUGUAUUUUUACAGAUUUCACCAAACACAGGCAACAAUUAAGUUUUUGGUUUGUACACACGGCCAAUUCAUGUCCAUAAUUAAACCAUGAUGAAUAAUACAGCAGAUGAUCACACGCAA